AUGCUGGCUGCUCAUCUUGUUUCGUUCUUCUUCACCAAACUUCAAGAGGACCCCACAAAGAAGGUGGAUAGGUUUCUGUAUGCAAUGCGUCUCCAUGACGACCAGCUUGAGGACAUCUCAGCCCGUUUCCAAGCUGAAAUGAAGAAGGGUCUUUCAGCCGAAAGCAACGCCGCAGCAGCUGUGAAGAUGCUCCCAACACAUGUUCGCUCCACUCCUGAUGGCUCAGAGAGAGGACAGUUUCUGGCCCUGGAUCUGGGAGGUUCCAAGUUUAAGGUGCUGCAGGUUAAAGUGCGAGAGGGUAUGGGGAUUAGGAAAGGAGGAGUGGAGAUGGAGGAGAAGAUUUAUCCAAUACCCAAAGAACUGCUCAUUGGGAGAGGAACAGAGUUAUUUGACCACGUGUCAGAGUCUUUAAAGGACUUUCUGCAGGAGAAAAACAUCAACUUGGAGAAGACACAUCCUCUGGCCUUCACCUUCUCCUUCCCUUGUGAACAGCCAACUCUAAACCAGGGAUUAUUAUUGAGCUGGAGUAAAAAUUUCCGUCUCCGAGGGCUUCAGGGGAAAGAUGUGGUCCAGUCUCUCAAGGGAGCCAUUGAAAGGACAGGGGGUAUGAAUGUGGAUGUGCUGUCCAUGGUGAAUGACACAGUAGCCACCAUGAUGACCUGUGGGUUUGAUGAUCAGAGAUGUGAAGUAGGUCUCAUCAUUGGGACGGGCACCAACGCCUGCUACAUGGAGGCGCUGCGUCACGUUGACCUGGUGGAGGGAGACGAGGGCCAGAUGUGUGUGAACACUGAGUGGGGAGGUUUUGGAGAUGAUGGGGCACUGAAUGAAUACAUAACUGAGUUUGACAGGGAUGUCGACGCAGCAUCCAACAACCCUGGGAAACAAAUCUUUGAGAAGAUGGUCAGUGGGAUGUACCUGGGUGAAUUAGUAAGGUUAGUUGUGUUAAAGAUGGCUAAAGUUGGGCUGCUGUUCGAUGGGUUUGUGUCGGACGCCUUGAGGACCAAAGGGAAGAUAACCACAGCAAAUGUGGCAGCCAUGGAGGAGUAUAAAACUGGUUUGAAGAACACCAGAGACAUUCUCACUGGGCUGGGCUUGACCCCGUCACAGGACGACUGCAUCGCUGUCCAACAUGUCAGCACCAUAGUGUCCUUCAGAUCCUCCAAUCUGGUGGCUGCAUGUCUGUCUGCCAUCCUGACCCGAAUAAAGAAAAACAGGAGUUUGAGGACAUUAACCAUCACGGUUGGCGUUGAUGGGACUGUGUACAAGACGCACCCACAGUAUCCUAAACGGCUCCAUAAGGUGGUGCGCAGGUUACUUCCUGAGAGCCAUGUCAGAUUUGUCCUGUCAGACAGUGGCAGCAGUAAAGGAGCUGCUCUGGUGGCAGCAGUGGCUCAACGACUCGCAUCACGGAGGAAACAGGUAGAUGAGACACUGUUUCCUUUUCAAAUGAGCCAAGAGCAGCUACAUUUGGUUAAAUCCAGGAUGAGAGCGGAUCUAGAGGCAGGACUGAAGAAUAAAAACCCCUCUACCAUCAAGAUGCUGCCCUCCUUUGUGUACCAUACUCCUGAUGGAACAGAGCGAGGAAAAUACCUUGCCUUGGAUCUGGGAGGAACAAACUUCAGAGCUUUGCUGGUGAACUUCAAGAAAGGUCUGCACCAGAACACACGGCUGUACCAUAAGAUCUACACGGUUCCGAUGGAGAUAAUGCAGGGAACCGGAGAAGAGUUGUUUGAUCAUUUAGCACAAUGUGUUAGUGACUUCCUGGACUACAUGGGGAUGAAGAACGCUCAUCUUCCUGCAGGGUUCACCUUUUCUUUCCCCUGUGAGCAAACAGCCAUUGACACGGGCACCUUGUUGACCUGGACCAAAGGGUUCAAGGCCACAGACUGUGAAGGACAUGAUGUGGUGAACAUGCUCAGGGAGGCCAUUAAGAGACGCAAUGAGUUUGACUUGGACAUAGCAGCGGUAGUAAACGACACGGUGGGGACCAUGAUGAGCUGCGCCUACGAAGACCCUGAAUGUGAAGUGGGACUAAUAGCUGGAACGGGCACUAAUGUUUGUUACAUGGAGGAUGUGAGGAACAUUGAGAAAGCUGGAAGGAAAGAAGAAAGAGGAGAGGGAACAGCUAAAGGAGAACAUUAUCAGGAUGAUUUGACAGAGUCAGAGAAGAAGCAGAGAGAUGCAGAUGCACAGAGGAUGUGUAUAAACACAGAGUGGGGGGGUCUGGGUGACGACGGCUCUCUGAAUGACAUCAUCACACCUUAUGACGCUGAGGUCGACCAGAACUCACUUCACCCUGGAAAACAAAGGUUUGAAAAGCUGACCAGUGGGAUGUAUUUAGGAGAAAUUGUCCGUCAAGUCCUGCUGGAUUUAACCAGAGGAGGUUUACUGUUCAGAGGUCACGUCACUGAAGCUUUAAAAACACCUGGGAUAUUUGAAACGAAAUACCUGUCACAAAUAGAGAGUGACCGUCUGGCGCUACUGCAGGUCAGAUCCAUUCUCCAGCAGCUUGGCUUGGACAGUAACUGUGACGACAGCAUCAUUGUCAAAGAGGUAUGCGGCGCUGUGUCACGUCGUGCAGCUCAGCUGGUCGGGGCAGGAAUCGCAGCCGUGGUCGAUAAGAUCAGAGAAAACCGAGGACUGGAACACCUGAACAUCACUGUCGGAGUUGACGGGGCACUUUACAAACUCCAUCCACAUUUCUCUCGGGUCCUCCACGACACUGCCAAAGUUUUGGCCCCUCUGUGUAACGUGAGCUUCCUGCCGUCAGAGGAGGGCAGCGGGAAAGGAGCUGCCCUCAUCACCGCUGUGGCCAAACAGAAGCAGCAGAUGUAAUUUAUCUCAGAUGGAAACUAAAAACUAAGAAAAUCUCACUGGCUUCCCACCUGAU